CAACACACCGCCUCUGUCAGUGGAUCACCAGCUAGCUAGCCGUAGCAACCUAGCCAAAUAGCUAGCGCCACCGGCUACAUAUUUCAAAGCUCAGCCUUUAACAUUCACGGGUAGCUAAAACAUCAGUGAGCCCAAACGCGUAUGUCGGAAUACGGUUAUUUUCUAACCACGGGUCUUCUUCGGCUGUCUGGCUGUUUUUUUUUUUAACCGCUGUUCGUUUUUCCUGCUAGCCGACGUUAGCCUGAUAAGUUAGCCGCUCGGUCGCUCGUUAGCUAGCAUUUUGUGUCGGCUGAUCGGCUCGCACAGACUGGCACUGUCACAGCAUGAACUUGGUAUUCUGUGUGAAGACGCCGAGACAUCGUACCUCUAUGCAGACCCGACGGAAAACUACUGGAUAGAAUAACUGGCCUCGGUUAAACAUUUGUGUCAACAUUAAUGGGACCGCUUAUGUUCGUGUUUAAAGGGGCAACUCGCUUGAUUUCCAUCUCCUUUCACAUUAACAUUAACACUUUGAAUUGAACAUUUGCUCCACGUCUUCUUCCUACAUCGGGGAUCGGGGGGGCUGGGUGGGAGACUGUGUCGGGUUUUUGCUAUAAGGGUUGAAGUUCAGGUGUGAUACAACACUGGAUACACGCAUGCAGGGUGUUUAGCUUGCAUGUCCUGCCCCUCUUGCAAAGGGUCGCCACACGACUGCGAAUUAUCAUUCCGGUCGACUCCGAUGGAUACGAAUAUCAAGAGGAUUUGCAUAAUCGUCAUGACCAUUUUCCUGCUGAGCAGUCACUCCUUCACUGAGGGACCUCUGCCCUUUUUGCUUUCUGGACUUAUCAACGCAGGGAUGAGAUAAUAAAGUCAACCAGCUCGUGCAUGCUGCUACAACAACAUCUGUGGCACUUGUAAACCUGCCCCCCCCCCCCUCCCCUCCAACUCCUCCCCAAGCUAAGUUCAUUUCAGCAGUCACAACAUGACGACACCGGCUCUCCUGCCACUGUCGGGCCGCAGGAUACCCACUCUGUCGCCGGGCGCCUCCUCUUUCCCGCACCACAGGGCUACGUUGAGGCUCUCUGAGAAGUUCAUCCUCCUCCUCAUUCUGAGUGCCUUCAUCACCUUAUGCUUCGGGGCCUUCUUCUUCCUCCCGGACAAUUCCAAGCACAAGCGCUUUGAUCUGGGCUUGGAAGAUGUGCUCAUCCCUCAUAUUGACUCGCCCAAAGAGGGGAAGCAUGCUUCAGGACAGGUGGUCAUACAUGGACAGGGAGGACAUGAUGAGCACAGACACAGGGAGGAGGAGGAGAGCCUGCGGGACAAGAUUCGGGCAGACCAUGAGAGAGCAUUGCAGGAGGCAAAGGAGAAGCUGAGGAAGUCACGUGAGGAGCUUCAGGCUGAGAUUCAGACAGAGAAAAACAAAGUAAUGGAGGACCUGAAAAAGAAGGAUCCAGGGCCUAAACCCUUGCCACCUGUCCCCAUGCCCAAAGUGGUGAGUGUCAGUGAUGGCGAGCCACCAGAGCCUGACGUCAAAGAGAAACGCGACAAGAUCAGAGAGAUGAUGAAGCACGCAUGGGACAGCUACAGACAGUACGGCUGGGGUCACAAUGAGCUGAAGCCCCUCGCCAAGAAAGGACAUUCCACAAAUAUCUUUGGAAAUUCCCAACUAGGGGCAACCAUUGUGGAUGCCUUAGACACGCUCUACAUCAUGGGUCUGCACGAGGAGUUCAAGGACGGCCAGGAGUGGGUCGAACAGAAUCUGGACUUCGGUGUGAAUGCAGAGGUGUCCGUGUUUGAGGUCAACAUUCGUUUCAUUGGAGGACUGCUGGCCGCCUACUACCUCUCUGGACAGGAAGUAUUCAAGCUGAAGGCGGUCCAGCUAGCCGAGAAGCUGCUUCCUGCCUUUAACACCCCCACAGGAAUCCCUUGGGCCAUGGUUAACCUUAAGAGCGGUGUUGGUCGUAACUGGGGUUGGGCGUCAGCGGGCAGCAGCAUCCUGGCUGAGUUUGGGACUCUCCACAUGGAGUUUGUUCACCUCACCUACCUUACAGGAAACCCUGCCUACUACCAGAAGGUGAUGCACAUCCGGAAGCUGCUGGCCAAAAUGGACAGACCCAACGGGCUCUACCCAAACUACCUGAAUCCCCGUACGGGCCGCUGGGGCCAACAUCACACCUCAGUUGGAGGACUUGGGGACAGUUUUUACGAGUAUCUGCUGAAGGCAUGGCUCAUGUCAGACAAGACAGAUACAGAAGCCCGCAAGACCUAUGACGACGCCAUCGAGGCCAUCGAGCGCCACCUGAUACGCAAAUCCAACGGCGGUCUGACAUUCAUUGGUGAGUGGAAGAAUGGCCACCUGGAGAGGAAGAUGGGCCACCUGGCGUGCUUUGCCGGCGGCAUGUUUGCUUUGGGCGCUGACGGCUCACCCGACGACAAGGCCGGACACUACCUGCAGCUGGGAGCCGAGAUUGCACACACCUGCCACGAGUCCUACGACAGGACGGUGUUGAAGCUCGGCCCGGAGGCCUUCAAGUUCGACAGUGGCCUUGAGGCGGUGGCCGUACGGCAGAAUGAGAAGUACUACAUCCUGCGGCCAGAGGUCAUCGAGACCUACUGGUACAUGUGGAGGUUCACCCAUGAUCCCAAAUAUCGGCAGUGGGGCUGGGAGGCAGCGCAGGCUAUUGAUAAGUACUGCAGGGUGAGUGGAGGUUUCUCGGGGGUGAAGGACGUCUACUCCUCCAACCCGACCUACGAUGACGUGCAGCAGAGCUUCUUCCUGGCUGAGACGCUCAAGUAUCUGUACUUGUUGUUCUCCAGCGACGACCUGAUGCCAUUGGAGAGUUGGGUCUUCAACACGGAGGCUCACCCACUACCUGUCCUCCACCUGGGCAACAUCACCCUGCCUGGCAGUGAGCCAGCUCAGCGGUAGACAGACAGGCCCUCCUCCUCCACCACUGCAGCACCAGGGGGCGCCACCUGUCUGCCUGCCCUCCCAAAAACCCACCCACCAACACUGGACAAACUUACAUUCAGCUCUACAGACUCUCAACUGCUUUUGGACUGCAGACAUCAACCAGAGAAGACGGAGAGACAGACCACUGCAGCGUGGAGAAGACUUGGCCAUUAGUUUCCCCUCUCUUCUUCUGCGUUUUACUCAUUGACUCUCUCUGUCAAUCUCUCCGUCUUCUUUGCUUAAAUCAGAAAGACGGUGGGUUUGCUGCUCAGCCGCGCUACUGGCUUGAAUUGACUCUUUUCUCUGAAGGACCGAAGCUCCAAAACCGGAGGCUUGAUUAGGUUUUUUGUUUCUUUUUUUUUUUGUUUUGUUAUUAUUUUUAGUGUUUAUUUGAGAUUUGACCAAACUUUCCUCCAAUACAGACUCUAGCUGAGGCACUGAGAGUGCAAAUGGGGUUUUGUGAAGCAUCACACAGUCAGUUUGACACUGCACUGAUGGAAGUGUCAUUUUUCCAGGCAGACAAACUUGAGGACUUUACAGGGUCUGUUGAUGAGGUGUGGUUGUUUUUUUUUGUUUUUUUUUGUUUGGACAAAUCGUUAAUGGGGACACAGGGUUGAAUCAAAGCCCUCCGCUUCUCCCUGACCCCCCCCCUCCCCCCCUCUUCCUGUUUAAUCUUCAUCAGACCGAACUUUGAUCUGGAAUUGUUAGCAGCUCGUCACAUCAUCAGUGCGAGGGCGGGCUGUGGCAACAGUCCCCAUCUCCUCCUCUAACUCUCCCUUUUUCAGAAAAGUGGACUAUUGUAAGUGGAACAGUAAUUACACAGGGACUGCAGCAGGUCACCCCAUCUUCACUACUCUCCACCUCAGCAUCUUUCCAGUUCCCUCUUCCAGUUAGAGACGUUACCGGGCCACAACUUUUCCCCAAAAAACAUUCUGCUGCUACUUGUUUGGAUGCUGCUUUUUUUUUUUUUUUCUCUCUCCUUCACCUUUUUCUGAUCACACCACUGGAUAUUUCCCCCAGCUUAUCAACCCUUCUCUUAUCUCUUCUUAUUUCUCACCUUUUCAUAAAUCACUGCAAAUAAUUUUCAGGUCGUACAUUGUGCGAUGAAGCUAGAACCCAACCAUGCUAAUGUAUGAGGUGUGUGUGUGUGUGUGUGUGUGUGUGUGUGUGUGUGUGUGUGUGUGUCUGUGUGUGUGUGUGUGUGUGUGUGUGUGUGUGUGUGGUUACCUCUGCUGUAAAUCAUUUAUUUGUGCACUUUGUAAGGGAAGACUAUAAAGAAGAGGAAAGUAGAGGUGUAGCACUGAACGAGCUGAAUAAAUGAAGACUUUCCCUGCUGAGCCCCCUUGACACAUUUUCUCUCUUCAAUAUCACCCCAUAUCACCAGUUGGACCACUUAACAUGAACUCAUCACUGUGUUAAAAUCCUCUGUGAUUUUUCUUUACCACCAUCCCUCUCUUGUAUCCUACUUUAUACCUUCUCUCCUCCCUUUUAACCUCUACCUCUCCUGUCCAUAACAAAGUCUCUGAGGCCUUUAGUCUCAGGGUUCCCAUAUGACUUUGAAAAGUCUGAAACCUUAAUUUCAUUGUGUCCAACUUUUGGAUAAAUGUUAAAAAUGUUUGGGAAUUACAAAACUAUUUUGAUUAAAAGUGUGUAAAUAUUGUUUCCACACUUUCAGUAUAUUGUUGUAAGCUCCUCCUGUUUGUGUUAAAGCUGCAGUAGGUGACUUUCAUAAAAACAAAUUUCAUUAUUCAUUAAUUUCAUUAAUGCUGAAAUUUUGAAUUCAGUAGUGUAUGAGACAGAUAAUCUGUGGAAAAAAGUUCCUCUGGCUCAUUAUAGCGCUGAUAAUGGCAUUUGCAUGAGUCUACCGGGCCUGGACAAAAACAACCAAUCAGAGCCGAGAAAGAUAUGAAGACGUUUUGGGUUGGAAGCUUGAAGAUUAGCUGAUCAUUGACUCUCAUUCCCAGGGUCCCAGAGUGUAUUUGACACCCUGGGAACGAGACUCAACAAUAUGUUUUUGUUCAGGCCCGGUGGAUUCUUGCGACAACAAUUAGGAGCACUAGGAGGAGCCAGAGGAAAGUGUACUACUGUCAGGAUAUAGUGAAAGUUUCAGCAACUAUGAGAAGACAUUUUUUUAAAUAAAAGUUACCAACUGCGGCUUUAAUUAUUUAAUUGAACAAUAAUGACCAGCUAGUGUACAGAGUGAUCAGACUCCAUUCAUCAUGUUGUCCAACUGCUAAAUGCUGACAUCAUAUCAUCAAUCAAACAUCAGAAUCUUGAUAUCUGUGAAGAAACUGAGGACAUUUUUUGGUUGGUACCUUUACAGUUUGAAAUGCACAUCCUUUGCUGGGUCUCUCCUCUCGGUAAGAGUUUGAUAGUAAGAAUAUUUGACUGGCUCUGUAUGGUGUGCUCCAUCAAGACCUUAGCCCUGCUGAGAUAAGUCAAAGCCACCACACACUGCGCUGUCUGCUCAGUGACCAGCAUGGUUCUGCCUCCAGUUAUCGCUCCUGACACAACUCUCUCUGUUACAUCCAAAGCAGCGUGAAGGAUUUACUGCUCGAGUCGCUCAAGUAAUGGAUACAGAUACAGCCUGUUCAAAAUAUAUUAGGUUAGCAAACGACCAAAACAACAGUCCUCCCUGGUGAUUUAAGAAUUUACACAUUUGUUCUUCUGAGACUCUCUAAAAGGCAUUGGGCUAGAUUUUUAUACUAAAAUCUACAAUGAUUUACUGCCCAAACUUAAGUUAUGCUGGAGAAGAAAAGUAAUCUGAUUCCUGUUGACUUAGAUGGCUGCUGAUUCAGUUUGAACUCCACUUUAAAAGUGGAAUUUUAAUGUCAACACAUUUUAUUAAACACCAAUAUGGGAGUAUACUGCAAGUGUUUCCCUGGUGUACAAGAGCCAGACCUGGAAAACUGUCAGCGGAGAUUUAAAGGAUGACAGCAACAUCAGACACAUGACCAUUUAGAUGCUGUACGGACUUAACCAGGACCUUUUCUGUGAGUCAUGUUUGUUUGCGGAGGGGAGGACGGGAUGUUGAGUGAAGGCAAAUAAUACAUGAAUGAAACCAACAAUUUCCUUUUUAGAAGUGAGGUUUUCAGUCUGAAAUCAGUUAAACCACUUUAUGUUGUUGCUGUAACACCAAUGUCAAGAACUACAAUCCAUUAACCAAAUGCUUUGAAUUUUUUAUUUUCAAACUUCACUGAUCCACCCUCCAUAGUGGUAGGGAUUCAACCAUGAGUUUUUUUUAUAUCGUCUUAUCGUCACUUAGUGUAUAAAAACACAACAGGCUUAAUGGUGGGCUCAUUACUGUGUGUGUGUGUGUGUGUGUGUGUGUGUGUGUGUGUGUGUGUGUGUGUGUGUGUGUGUGUGUGUGUGUGUGUGUGUGUGUGUGUGUGUGUGUGUGUGUGUGUGUGUGUGUGUGUGUGUGUGUGUGUGUGUGUGUGUGUGUGUGUGUAGAGAGCGAAAGUGAGUGGCUGAAAGCGUUCUGACAUUUUGUGAGCUCAUAAAUUAGCCUGCUGGCUGCCAGUUUGUGUGACAACAACCUCUGAUGUGACUGCGUAUCAACUGACUGGUUUAGGUAAAGAGAGGAAACUGAGCAGGGUUUCACUACUAAAGAUGAUUUUUUAAUGCAGGCGUUGAAGCUAAAGAGUAGGAAUUGCCCUAAACCAGAAGAUUUCUUUGUUGUGUGUGUCUGUCUGUUUCUACUUUGAUUUUUUUCAAGCCUUAUUGUCAACUGUGACGCCUUGGCCAAUACUGUGCUCUUUCACAAUCUUUGCUUUGUGUUUUGUAACACAUCAUAACGAUAUAAAUUCCUUCUUAUUGUUUUUGUUUGCAAAAACAUUGUCUGUCCUCUGACGUGCAGAUAAAUUGGAAAUUGUGAUGGAAUAAACAACAAAGUUGACUUGAUACCAGGCGACGUGGGCAAAAAAUAACAGAAAGCAGCUUUAACAUUUUGUUCACUGCCCAUCCAUAUGUCUAAAAACGUAUCAAUAUGCUGACUUACUAACAGCUUACUACAUCCCCACAUCCUCACUAAAAUUGGCCCUGUUGGGCAGCAGGUCAGCUGCUCGUCUCUCAAUAGAGCCAUAACGUAGAUGAAGGCAAAAUUUGCCUACAGCUCUACUGCUUUCACAACACAUGUGAAGCCGUUUUUACCUGUAGGUGAUGAUUAAAAUCACUGAUUAUAAAAAAAAAAAAGGAAAUCGGCAACAAGGAUCAAAUGGAGUGAUAUGGAAAUUGUCAGCUUUAGUUGUUCCAAUCUCGCUCUUGAUCUUUGCCUCAAAAUGCUUCUCAAGUGAUUACAAUAUGUUGGCAGCCUAACACAAAGACAUAGUAAAUGGUAAGAUUGAACUGAUGAGGCUGGAGAUAUUCUUUUCUUGGCAACAAAUCCCAUGAAAAGACCAAAACUAACAAUGAAUGUAUCCUAUUAACAAGAAGUCUGUGUGUGUCCGACGCCUGAUAUGUCUUUCCCCCCUGUGCCAUCGUUGUCCUGUUACUAUUAAAAACACCACACUGUGGCUCUGGGUGGGAUGUUCCUUCAUUACCAUGAACACACACACUAGUUUAUUUUGACUGACACCCUCCUGCUGCCAGAAAUACUCCCUAGAGCACUAAAUGUGUAUUAAUCCGCAUCUGAAAAUAGUCCUCAACGAAUGUACUGUUUACUCCUGUUUGAGUAACUUUUGAUAAAAAACCCUACUUUUUAAAAAUAAGACUACAUGCUCUUGUACAUGAGCUGUUUUUACAUAUUUUCUUCAUUAGUAAUGAAUGGAUGAAUGAAUGAGAGCCACAGAGAAGGGGAGGGAAGUCGGAAAGUACAGAGAGACGCAUUGUUGGUUUUGGUCUUCAUGGGAUUGGGUGACAAUUAUACAGAAUAGAAUAAGAAAUAAAAAAACUAGACAUAAAAUAAUGUAUAUGAAAUAAGCCUUAUACUUGAAACGUGUUUGGAAAUGGUUGUCAGAUGAUUUCAUAUGUAGGACCUGAUUUGACAAACCAGCGUAGGUAGCAGUUAUCAAAAAAAAUAUCAAGAUGUUAGUUGGGUUUAUGAAGGAAAAUGUCUUUGACCACACUACUGGCCAACUUUCCCAUCAAUGUUGAGUUUAUAUUUAAUCAGUUUAGGUUUGUGGUUUAAAGUUGAGGGGAACCUCUCAACUCUCCUCUGCAGGAUCGAUCAGUGUACAUACAGGAAAUAUCUCUGCCCAGUCCCCCACUCAACACAUUUCCCUCCCUCCAUACAUUUCUCUCCAUCAUCCAUCCACUAUCAUCCUCACAUUCAGUCCAUUGAUGCAGUACAGUCUUGACUGUCAGCCCCUACCCCCCCGUCUCUGACAUCACACUGACAUCAGGCUGACAUCAUUACCACCUAUUUCUGAUAAGGAGGAAGCCCAGGCGAAACCUGGGUGGCCAUCGAGUCGCUGGGAGCGACUUUGAUUUUGAAAAUUGAGUGUUCUGUAUUUGUAUUUUUACUGAACUAAAAAAAAAUACAAUUAAAGUAUCUGUAAAUAUGUUUAAAACUGAGACACAAAUUCAAUAAAGAUGUUAUGAAAAGUGAUCAGAAAUGAA